CGUUUGAAGAUUCAAAUCAUUGUUUACCAAAAACUUAUUCCCAACGUACGUAACGUUUUGAAGAUCUAUAAAAUCUCGUUAUAUCAGUUUUAGAAGUAUCUGCAACAAACAUGAUUAAAACAAAGCCGUGGACUGGAGGUACAGAUGAAGAGUAUGAAACACAGCAUUUCGGUUUUGGUGCACAACGCCUCAAAAUAGCUGUACGACAAAUGGUUGAGCAAAAAAUUACGAACGGCGUGAAAGACAUGGAAUCUUAUUUGCAAGAAUCUUUGGAUCUGAACGAAACAGACAAAGCGACGCUAACGAGGUCAUGUGAUAAGCUAAUUCGUUUAUACUGUGAGCGUGCUGGACCAUCUCUCGCAGCUAUUGAUGAGGAGAUUGAACGCAUGUUAAAGAUCCCUCCGAAUGUGUUGUUGCCUGAAGAUGAAGUGCAGCUUGAACAAACAUCGGAUUCAGACUAUGAGAAGUUAAAAGAGGAGGUAGCUUCUUUACGGCAAAGGGUAGAAAGAGGUGCUUUAAUGGAGGCUUUACUCUCUGCUGAGGUAGAAGAAUUAGCGUCCUUAGAUAAAGUGUGUGAAACAGCAAAGAAGGACAUGGAAACCAUGGAUCUGAUCUAUAAGAGUGUUGACAAUAGUGAAUGUUUGAAAGCAGUGCAGAGUGAAACUGAUUUCCUUUGUGCGAGUGCAUCGUUUGUGAAGAAGCAAAGUGAUUUGUUUGAUGAAUAAGUUGUGUAGUUUAUUUUACAACUGAGCAUAAUAAUCUUCCAAUUGAUUAUUUAUGGAUCAAAACUCAAGGGAUUUUUAUCAUGCAGUCUAAUGUUUAUGUUGUGCCCGUUUAUUAUAAAAAUGUAUGAUUUGUAUUGCCGAUGGACCAUAGUAUUUUGACAAAUACUUCAUAGAUUAAUUUGUUCAAAUCUAUUUUACACAGCCUCUACAGUUUCAGUUGAAGGCUAAUGUUAAGUAGAUAAAUAAAACAUUACAAACAGUCA